UUUUUUAUUAUCUUUUUGUCUAUGGUAGUUGCACAAUUCGCCUGUGAUCGAAUAGGUUAGAAUUUCUUUUUGGGAAAUCUGUUGAAAUAGUUAUUUUAUUGCAUUUUUUAGAAAGUUUAUCAAUAAUGGCUCAAAGCAAGCUGAACGACAUGGCUGGGAAGUUUGCUAAAGGUGGGCCACCUGGGCUAAGUAUCGGAUUGAAACUUGUAGCAGUGGUUGGUGCGGCGGCCUAUGGAGUCUCGCAAUCGUUGUUUACCGUCGAGGGUGGUCACCGUGCCAUAAUGUUCAACAGGAUUGGCGGCGUGCAGCAAAUCGUCAUGAGCGAAGGUCUUCAUUUCCGCAUACCUUGGUUUCAAUACCCCAUCAUUUACGAUAUUAGAUCACGACCCCGCAAGAUUUCAUCACCGACCGGAUCCAAAGAUUUACAAAUGGUCAACAUUUCUCUACGAGUGCUGUCGCGCCCUGAUGCUAGUCACCUGCCCGUCAUGUACCGUCAGCUCGGAACGGAUUACGAUGAAAAAGUUUUACCUUCCAUUUGCAAUGAAGUUCUAAAAUCAGUUGUUGCCAAAUUCAAUGCCUCACAGCUCAUCACACAACGUCAACAGGUCUCCUUGCUGAUUAGACGUGAGCUUGUCGAACGGGCUGCUGAUUUCAACAUCAUUCUUGAUGAUGUUUCUCUCACAGAGUUGAGUUUCGGUAAAGAAUACACUGCCGCUGUUGAAGCGAAGCAGGUGGCCCAACAAGAGGCUCAGCGUGCUGCUUUUGUUGUGGAAAGAGCAAAGCAAGAGCGUCAACAGAAGAUCGUCCAGGCUGAGGGAGAAGCCGAAGCCGCUGAGAUGUUGGGUAAAGCCAUGGGCAUGAACCCUGGGUACCUGAAACUGCGUAAGAUCCGCGCCGCUCAGAGUAUCUCCAGAAUGAUUGCUCAAUCUCAGAACCGUGUCUUCCUUCCUGGCAACAGCCUGAUGAUCAACCUUCAAGACCCCACCUUCGACGACCUCUCAGAGAAACUGACUAAGAAGAAGUAACAAUCAGCCUCGGUAGAGUGUGUUGAUGGCAUUGAAGCGGUAACCACUCUGACCGAGCAAGAAGCUGCUGUAAUAAUCAGUGGUGCCUCUUCAGUUGCAGUUUAGCAUUGUCUGUGUUUCGAGCAUUUCACAAAUUGUAAAAAGCGAAGUACAUAAUUAUGCUAUUUACCCUUAAUGUUGCAUUUUAUGUUAUUUAGUUGUAGGUCUAUAGAGUGUAUGGGAAUCAGAUGAUUUAAAUAAAACAUCUAAUUAAAA